CGGCCGGGGGUUGUUCCCUCAUCGGCUUCCGUAGACGAGGUCGGGAGGACCUUCGUCCCGGGUUUCGGUUCCCCCCCCUUCCCCUUCCCCUUCCCCGGGGUCCGGGGGUGACAUUGCACCGCGCCCCUCGUGGGGUUGCGUUGCCGCCCCACGCGGAUCCCCCCCCCCGGCGGGGCGCUGCUCCCAUCUGCCUCCCUCGGCUGGAGCUCCCUCCCUCCCCCAGCUGCCCAGUCAUGGGGGCUGCCGUGUUUUUCGGGUGCACAUUCGUCGCGUUCGGCCCAGCCUUCGCCCUUUUCCUGAUCACUGUGGCUGGAGACCCGCUUCGGGUUAUCAUCCUGGUCGCGGGAGCCUUUUUCUGGCUGGUAUCCCUGCUCUUGGCCUCUGUGGUCUGGUUCAUCUUGGUCCAUGUGACAGACCGAUCAGAUGCCCGGCUCCAGUAUGGCCUCCUGAUUUUUGGUGCUGCUGUUUCUGUCCUUCUACAGGAAGUGUUCCGUUUUGCCUACUACAAGCUCCUUAAGAAGGCAGAUGAGGGCUUAGCGUCGUUGAGCGAGGAUGGAAGAUCGCCCAUCUCCAUCCGACAGAUGGCCUAUGUUUCUGGUCUGUCCUUCGGUGUCAUCAGUGGUGUCUUCUCUGUUAUCAAUAUUUUGGCUGACGCGCUCGGGCCAGGUGUGGUUGGGAUCCAUGGCGACUCACCCUAUUACUUCCUGACUUCAGCCUUCCUGACAGCGGCCCUUAUCCUACUCCAUACCUUUUGGGGAGUUGUGUUCUUCGAUGCCUGUGAGAGGAGACGGUACUGGGCUUUGGGCCUGGUAGUUGGGAGUCACCUUCUGACAUCAGGACUGACAUUCCUGAACCCGUGGUAUGAGGCCAGCCUGCUGCCCAUCUAUGCAGUCACCGUCUCCAUGGGGCUCUGGGCGUUCGUCACAGCCGGAGGCUCCCUCCGGAGUAUCCAGCUCAGCCUUUCGUGCCGACGGCAGGAGGACAGUCGGGUGAUGGUGUACUCUGCCCUGCGCAUCCCACCCGAGGACUGAGGGAACAUGGGGGGGACCCCAGGGCCUGGGGUGCCCUCCCGAUCUCCUCGUCCUGUGUUUCUCCAUCUCCAGUUCUGGACAGUGCAGGUGGCCAAGAAAAGGGACCUAGUUUAGCCCUGGAGAUGAAGUUAGUGGAGGCUCAAGGGUAGAUGAGUCCAGUUGCCCAGUGUCUCCUGCCCAGACUGGACAUCUUGGUCUUUUUCUCAGGUCUGAAGGGAACCAUUUUUUGGUAUGAUAAAAGACCCCAAAAUGCCUUUUUAAAAAAGUGUGUGGGAGGGAUAUGUUGGGACCCCCUAGCCUCCUCUGUAGGCUGUAUUUGGUUUGGUUUUUUUAAGUGUGUGUGGGGUAUGUUGGGACCUCCCAGCCUCUGUAGGCUGUAUUUUUGCUCCUGAAACUGCUGAUCAUGGCUCAUUUCUAUCUCAUUUUCCCCUUGGUCCCAGGCCCUGGGGAAAAGGAAGGAAGUGCAUGUUUGCGAACUGGUACCACUGGAAGGUGUGUUGUAACGUCCAAGACCUCAGCAUCCCUCCUUUCCCCAAGGUGAAGUGGAGGGUGCUGCGGGGCUUGGCCCCUCCAUGGCAGUGCCCCUGGAGGAGUCAGACAACCAUGGCAUCGCAGGCCAAGAGGGCAGACAUUUUUCUAGUUUUUAAUUGGGGUGGGGUGGGGUAGGGGGGUUUUCUAUC